CGUGGUGGCCUUGGCUUCCUUAUCGUCACCACUUUUAGCAAAACCAACCAGAGGAGCCAGCAUUCAGCUAGAGCAGCCUGAAACCCCGAGGCGAGCUGACGUGAGCGGAGAGCCGCGAGCCAAGAGCCGUGAGCCGCUGCGCCUUCCCGCGACGUUGUAGACACCGGAAAAAUGUUUUCCGAAAGCAGUUCCUUUUUGAAGGGUAUGAUGCUUGGAAGCAUUUUCUGUGCCCUGAUCACUAUGCUAGGCCACAUUAGGAUUGGUCAUGGAAAUAGAAUGCACCACCAUGAGCAUCAUCACCUACAACCUAUUAACAAAGAAGAUAUCUUGAAAAUUUCAAAGGAUGAGCGCAUGGAGCUCAGUAAGAGUUUUCGAGUGUACUGUAUCAUCCUUGUAAAACCCAAAGAUGUGAGUCUUUGGGCUGCAGUGAAAGAGACAUGGACCAAGCACUGUGACAAAGCAGAGUUCUUCAGUUCUGAAAACGUUAAGGUGUUUGAAUCAAUUAAUAUGGAAACAGAUGACAUGUGGAUGAUGAUGAGAAAAGCGUAUGAGUAUGCCUUUGAUAAAUAUAAAGAGCAAUACAACUGGUUCUUCCUCGCACGUCCCACUACAUUUGCUAUUAUUGAAAACUUGAAGUAUUUUUUGUUUAAAAAGGAUCAAUCACGGCCCUUCUAUCUAGGCCACACUAUAAAAUCUGGAGACCUUGAAUAUGUGAGUAUGGAAGGAGGAAUUGUGUUAAGUAUAGAAUCUAUGAAAAGACUAAACAGCCUUCUCAGUGUCCCUGAAAAGUGUCCUGAACAGGGAGGAAUGAUCUGGAAGAUAUCCGAAGACAAGCAGCUAGCAGUCUGCCUAAAAUAUGCUGGAGUGUUUGCAGAAAAUGCUGAAGAUUCAGAAGGAAAAUAUGUAUUUAAUACCAAGUCUGUUGGGCUUUAUAUUAAAGAGGCAAUGAAUAAUCAACCCCAGCAAGUAGUAGAAGGAUGCUGUUCAGAUAUGGCUGUAACUUUUAAUGGACUGACACCUAAUCAGAUGCAUGUGAUGAUGUAUGGGGUAUACCGUCUUAGGGCAUUUGGACAUAUUUUCAAUGAUGCUUUGGUUUUCUUACCUCCAAACGGUUCUAACAAUGACUAAGAGCUGGAAUGACAGCAUAUGUACACUGUAUAGGGCAUGCAUUGUCAUUAUGUGUGGUAACAAUUACAUAUUCAACACAGUGGAUGUUUCUUUUCCUCUAUUUUUGUUUUCCAUUUAGUGACACUGGUAUACACAUAUUAAAAUGUACUAGUAUAUUUUAAAAGGAGGUGGUGGUCUUUUCCCCUUAAAAGUACAAGUGUGUUGAAAAGAAAUUUGUGAAGCAUAACUUUUCAAGUAAAGGGUAUAGUUGUAAUUACUAUAGGUGGUAAAUUCUAAAUUGUGAAUGUUAAAAAUCUAAUGUACCACAUAUGUUUGCUGAUUGAUUAGACAAAAAUCAAACCUCUUUCUAACUUUCUACAAUAUGCAAGUCAGUCUCUAGUUGUGAAUUUUCAAAUAAAACUUUAGCUGUGUUACUUC